AUGGAUAUCACUAAUUGUUAACAUCCAAAUCAUGAUUCUUAACGCAUCAAAUAUGUUUGUGUUGAUCCUUAAUGUUCUAUUCCAAAGAAAAUAGGUAUUAUAUAUUUGAAAUUUAAGGUUGUGCUGAUUGUUUUCUUGAUGAUCAUAUCACUCAUAUUAGAAAAACAACUACUCAAUUCAAAGAUUUUGUAAAUGAAUCUAUAUUACAAAUUAAUGCAAUUGAAUUCUAAUAAGCUACCAAUUCACCAUAAAAGGAUUUAACAAAAGAAAUUGAUGGAGAAUUAGACAACUGCAUUGAAUGUAUUAAAUUAAAAUUCAAUACAAUUAAAGGAGAUCUAAAAGGACAAAUUGAUAAUGAUAUCAUCAAAAUGUAAGAUAAUUGUGCUUAAUUUUAAUAAAAUAUGAAUAAUGAACUUCAACCUUUUAGAACAACAAUCAAAAAUGAUUUACAUAUUCUAAAUUAAAAUGAAAUAAAUUCAUUAGUUAAAUUUUAUUAAGAAGCACCUAAAAUAUAAAAACAUUAUAAUAAAGCUGUAGAAUAAAUAUAAGAAGAAAAAUAAAAGAUAAAAUAAAAAAAAUAAAAAUACUUAACAAAAAUGCGUAGUAUUAUGCAAAUAUUACUAAAGGAUUUCAAUGAAUUAAUGACAACUAAAAAUGUAUAAUAUGAUGAUUACUGUGAUUAUGAAACACCUUAAAAAUAAGUUAUGUCACCUAACAAAAUGAUUAAUCUAGUAGAAACAGCACGUUCUUCAAGAAGGUUUCCUAUGUCACAAAUAUAAAAAAAAUAAUUCUUAUCUGCUGUUACUAAAAAGUUGGAAUGA